AUGUACUUUCGAUACUUGCAGUAGUUCUUAUAUAAUUCUCUUUCUCCAUAAACAUUACGGACAAGACCACCUAACUCUCCUAAGAUCUCUCUUUGUUUGAAUUCUUCUCCGUUUUAGAUUCUAGGUCAAACCCUUGAUCGCUUCUACGUGUUCGAAGUUUCUAAAUAUUUUUAAUUUUUUUUUUAAAUUCGACGAUAAAGCUUCCUCCUUUACUCCGGCGAUGGUUUUAGCGGCGAAGCAGAUCGGAUUCUCCAAUCCCCUUUUACGCCGUAACCCAUCAUCCCCCUCACUCCAACGACCUCCCCCUUCUCUCUCCUUCCCCUCGACGGCCCUUCCAAAACGCACCGUUUUAUCCCUCUCCAAGCCGCUUCGCCUCUCCUCUCUAACAGCAGAGUCUCCGGUGAGAUGCUCCGCCUACGAAGCCGACAAGUCCGAGCCUCAGCCGACCGACGCGGCGGCGGCGGCGGCGGAAACGAAGUCGGAGGCGGCGAAGAAGCUGAAGAUCGGAGUCUACUUCGCGACCUGGUGGGCUUUGAACGUCGUGUUCAACAUCUACAACAAGAAGGUCUUGAACGCUUACCCUUACCCGUGGCUCACCUCCACGCUCUCUCUCGCCGCCGGUUCGUUGAUGAUGCUCAUCUCCUGGGCCGUUGGGAUCGUUGAGACUCCUAAAACUGAUUUCGAUUUCUGGAAAACUCUUUUUCCGGUUGCUGUGGCGCAUACAAUUGGUCAUGUGGCUGCAACGGUGAGUAUGUCAAAGGUUGCGGUUUCAUUCACACACAUCAUCAAGAGUGGUGAGCCGGCGUUUAGCGUUCUUGUCUCGAGGUUCCUUUUGGGUGAAACCUUCCCUGCUUCGGUUUACCUCUCCCUCAUUCCGAUUAUUGGUGGUUGUGCUCUCUCUGCUCUUACUGAGCUUAACUUCAACAUGACUGGUUUCAUGGGAGCGAUGAUAUCGAACUUGGCAUUCGUCUUCCGCAACAUCUUCUCGAAGAAGGGGAUGAAGGGAAAGUCUGUGAGCGGAAUGAACUACUACGCCUGUCUCUCAAUGCUAUCACUCUUGAUCCUCACGCCCUUUGCAUUUGCGGUUGAAGGACCUCAGAUGUGGGCUGAUGGCUGGCAGAAGGCUCUCUCCGACAUCGGACCUCAGUUUGUCGGGUGGGUGGCUGCGCAGAGUGUGUUCUAUCACCUCUACAACCAAGUGUCUUACAUGUCUUUAGACCAAAUCUCUCCCUUGACGUUUAGUGUUGGUAACACCAUGAAGCGUAUCUCAGUCAUCGUCUCCUCCAUCAUUAUCUUCCGUACUCCUGUCCAGCCCGUCAAUGCUCUUGGAGCUGCCAUUGCUAUCCUUGGAACCUUCUUGUAUUCCCAGGCAAAGCUUUGAUAAGGCAAGACAUGGAGUGUUGCGGUCCGAUGUUGAGCUCGUUAAUUUCGGUUAAAAGCGGGAGUGAAGGGCUUGAUGUAGAUAUGUGUUCUCAAUAAUAAUGAAGAAAAAAUGAUGAGAAUGGAGACGAGACAAGAUUUAGUGUGUUAGGCAGUUUUUUUUUAAAUCGAGUGUUUUGGAUUCGAGUGUUUGACUUUGGGGAAAUGAGAUGAUUGCCUCUCUGUAACUAAAGUUGGAGAUAGAAAUUGUCCCCUUGAGAAUAAGACGCCCCCCUAUACAAUGUGAGAAGUAUUAUAUAAAAAAGUGGAGAAUAACUUCGAGAUUA